AUGAAACUGAAGAAUCAUCGAAAUCGUGCAAAGACAUCGAAAAGACAACGAACAAAUGUGGAACAGUUUAGCAAACGUCUUGAUAAAUUAUUUGACAUUGCAAAUUGUGCUGCACUAAAAAAUUUACCGAAAAAUUUGCAGCAAUUUUUGACAGAUUGUCGUAAAGGAAAUAGAAAUAUCCAUCUACCAGCAAUUGACGUUAUACCAGAAGAAACUUCUGGAAAUCUGUCUGCGAUGGAAGUAGAAACUCCCAAUAAUGAGGAAAUUGGAAUGAAAUUAUCCCAACAGUCGUCCUUAAAUAGUUUCUGUAGUUCCAUAUCAAAUUCCAGUGAAUUGAAGCGAACUUGUUCAGACUUUGAAGAUACAAUGCCAGCGCCUAAGAAAAAUAAAAUUGAUAUUCUGACUUCGGAAUUAGUAUUAGCACUAGAUAGAACUAAAACUAGUAACAGAAAUGCGAUGUACAUCAUUUCUGCUGUUAUUCAAAGUUUAGGACUUGAGAUUGAUAAAUAUAAUUUAAGUUACUCCAAUAUUCGCAAUAAGAAGAAAUUUUUGAUGACUCUCUCGUAG